AUGUGCAAAGAAAGGUACCAGUGCGAAAUUUGUUCAGAAUCCUUCGAAACUAGGACGAAACUCGAAAAGCAUUACGACACUGAUCACGAAAAUAAUUACGUAUGUGAAGAGUGCAAUGCAGGAUUCAAAAAAAUCAUGGACUUCACCUUACACUCACGAAUCCAUAACGCAAAUAAUUUCUACCAGUGCCCUCUGUGUUCCGUCACAAGGCGCACACCCAAACACAUCAGAGCUCAUUUGUACCAGAUCCACGAGCAAUUCAAGAAAUACAAAUGUGGCGUUUGUGAUAAGAGAUUUUCCGAAUAUCCAUAUUUUCAAGAGCACAUCCAGUAUUACCAUAGCGGUGAAAAACCGUUCGCCUGCGACCAAUGUGACAAAAAAUUCGUUUACUCACGAUACCUAUGGAAUCACAAAAAACUGGACCACGUUCUCAAAACACCUGACAGGGUUAUAUGCCCCAUUUGCGGUGUCGAAGUACCAAGCUACCGCAAAUUUUUCCUAAAAGCCCUGUCUAAAAACCCAAGGAUGGAGCAUCAAGAGAAAUUAUUGUGCGAAAUAUGCUCGGAAUCGUUCGACAUCAAAAAGAGUCUCGAGGAGCAUUACGAAACCCACAAUGAUCAGUAUACGUGUGACGUUUGUUUUAAAGGUUUCAAAAAGAUACUGGAUUACACAAUUCACAUGCAAACUCACAGCGAAGAUAAAAUGUUCAAGUGUCCUUUGUGCGAUGUCAAGAAAGAAAAGGGUUACCAAAUACGCAUGCACAUCCUCCAAACUCACGAACAGUUCAAAAAGUUCAAGUGCGAAGUGUGCAACAAACGUUUCGCCAAUUACCCUUUCUUCCAAGAACACGUCAAGUACUACCACAGCGGAGAGAAACCGUUCAAAUGUGAAUUUUGCAGUAAAAAAUAUUACUACUCGCAAUACCUGGCCACCCAUCAGAAAUACGAACACUUGGAAAAGCCUUCCGAACAAGUGGAAUGUUUUUUGUGUAAUGUCAAACUGCCAACUUUGAGGGCCAUGCAAAGGCACCAUCGGUCCAGGCAUCCGAAAGAGCUGCUCAUUUGUGACAUUUGCGGAAAAUAUUUCAAAUCGAAAAAGAACUUCAGUCUGCAUUCGCGGGUUCAUUCGGGAGACAAGAGGCACAAGUGUUCCUAUUGUGAGAAACGAUUUAUCAGAGCCGAAGCCAGAAAGGAGCACGAAAGGAUCCACACUGGUGACAGACCGUAUCGUUGUUCCUACUGCGGGAAGAGCUUCACCCAACGAACCAGUAUGGUCAUUCAUACGCGCAAUCACACAGGGGAACGUCCGGAAGAUUUCGACACAAGCACAAAGCUUCGCGAGCACAGGAAGACGCAUCGAAAGGACAAAUACGACGACACCCAGUACAGCUACAACUUCGAUCCUGUCAAAGACAUAUACAGUUGUAUCACGUGCGACAUGGAAUGUCCGUCAAAAAGAGAGAUCGAAAAGCACGUCCUUACUCACAAAGACCAUUUCUCAUGCGAACAGUGCGAUUUGUUCUUCGAUGAGCCUUACAAGUACGCCACUCACGUGCACAUGCACAGCGACGACAAUUUAUUUCGAUGUCCUCUCUGCGAUGUGUACAAAACCCCAAAUCGCACUUGUCUCCUCACUCACAUUAACACGUUCCAUCUUCAUCGAUUCAUAUACAGAUGUUCGACGUGCGGCAAGGGUUUCAACGACUGCGUCCAGUUCAAAGAGCACAAUAACAUCCACGAAGGUUUGAAACCGUUCGAGUGCGUCGUCUGCGGCAAGGGGUUUCCGUUCUCCCUCUAUCUGCACACGCACCAAGUUCGCAAUCACAGGGCAACUAUAGACGGAGUGCUCGGGAUCAACCAGUGUUAUAUCUGCAUGAAAAACUACGUCAAUACCAGAACGUUGCAGAAGCAUAUGCUUAAGCACAGCAAUAAAGAAAAGAAGAACGACGAAAAAAAUCACCUGUGUGACAUAUGCGGAAAAGGGUUCGCUAGAAAGGAUAAGUUGAAGAUACACUAUAGGGUUCAUACGGGAAUUAAACCCUACAGUUGUUCGUAUUGCCCGAAAAGCUUCACCAAAAGGGAUUAUCUGGUGAUGCACGAGAGGGUUCACAGUGGUGAGAAACCCUAUGCCUGUGAAUAUUGCGGAAAAUGUUUCAACCAAGGCGCCCCUUUAAGAGUUCAUAUAAGAGGUCAUACGGGAGAACGCCCUUACGUUUGUCACAUUUGUAAUUCCGGAUUCACAUCGCGCGGUGCCUUAAACAUACAUCUGAGAGGUUGUUCGGGACAUAACAGCCCUUGA